UAGGUAAAUGAUCUUUGUGGCAGUGUUCUGAAAACAUCUUUUAGGGUAUAGCUGCUAUGUGAUCUUCUGAGUGUAGCCCUGGCUCUAAUAAAACACCAGGAAUGGGAAUCUGAGUCACGUGUAGCAGCUGAAGUCUCUCAACCUAGAGUACAGAUAUUGCCUUUGACAACUCUUCUAGUUGAUUUUUCCCAACCCACUGACAUCAAUUUGAGCUUGACUGAAUUAAGACUCAGCCAGCUUGCCAUCAUCAAUUGUACAAUUUCAUAACGAGACUUCAUUCUCUAGGUAUUUUGUAGUGGCUGAUUGAGAUGGCUUUUUUUUUCUGUGUCAUGUCAGAGUGAUGGUGAAGAGUAAUCUUGUCACAGCAGAGGUUUGAAAGGUAUCCCUUGUCAUAUUACUUAAUUUAUUUUGACCAAGAUAACAUGACUAUAUUUAAAUAUUUUAGCCCAGAUGAGCCAAUGACAAGCUUACAGCUGAAAGUAUCAGCUUCCCUGAAACAAGCACUAGAUAAACUGAAACUGUCAUCAGAGAAUGAAGAAGAAAAAAAAGAAGAAGACAGUGAUGAGAUCAAAGUUGGGACGUCUUGUAAAAAUGGAGGCUGUUUGAAGACAUUUCAAGGACCACAGAGCACAGAAGAAAUAUGUAUAUACCAUUCUGGAGUACCUAUAUUCCACGAAGGGAUGAAGUAUUGGAGCUGUUGUAAGAGAAAAACUUCUGAUUUUAAUACAUUCUUAUCUCAAGAAGGCUGUACAACGGGAACACAUGUGUGGACUAAAAAGGAUGCUGGGAAAAAAGUAGUUCCAUGUAGGCAUGAUUGGCAUCAAACUGGAGGUGAAGUGACUAUUUCAAUAUAUGCGAAAAAUUCACUUCCUGAACUUAGCCAUGUCGAAGCAAAUAGCACAAUGCUAAAUAUCCAUAUUAUUUUUGAAGGAGAUAAAGAAUUUGAUCGCAAUGUGAAAUUGUGGGGAGUAAUUGAUGUGAAGAGGAGUUAUGUAAACAUGACAGCUACGAAGAUUGAGCUCACUAUGAGGAAAGCAGAGCCCAUGUUAUGGGCAAGCCUUGAACUACCAAUACCUGAAACACAGCAAAAACAAAAUGAAGAUAUUACAGAUCAAGAAUAAAUCCUAAAGAUAUACCGACUGUUUCCUGAUUGUGAAAGUGGUGACUUGCUACUGUAAUGCAUUUCCUUUUAAGACUAUUUUAUAUAAGAUCACUUUUUACAAUACAUCUUGCAUUCCAGAUCAGGGAAAGCACUCCAUUAUGUAAAAAUCUAGUGCUUUCCCUGAUCUGGCAUGCAAGAUGUAUUGUAAAUUUAUUGGAGCUUAGUCCACACUGUGCAUUAACAUUUCAAGCGCCGUAUUUGGACUGGAGCUACCGGAGUAAUCAAUGUGAGACUACAUACGGUUUGCUAUCUAUCUUACUGUAAUAAGGAUACAAGUUAUGAGUCUGUGGAAUGAUUAGCAUGAUUCCUGUGGUCUAAAAUAAACAAAUUUGAUAUUCAAAUAUCAGUAAUAAAUCCAGAAAGAAAGUAGAUGCUGCUCAGAUUCUUUCCUUUUGUCUUGUGAAAGUAACAAUAAUGGCUGCCUAUUCCACUUCUGCAGUGGUGAGGUCACUAGUUUUUGAAGGGCUCAGGUAGUUACUAGCUUUUUCACCAUCUUGUUGUCUGGACCUGCUCUGAGCAGUUUUAGAUUACACUUGGUAAAAGCACUGGUGCACUAUCAACACUAGUACUGUUACCAGUAAAAGUGCAACCUUAGAAGACUUGCUCAAAAAUUCUGUUAUAACUGGAGCCAAGGAGGGGAGGAGUUCAUGAAAAUUUUCCCCCGCUACCACCCCCAUUUUGAUUUCUAAAUUUUAAAUAAUUCUAAAACAAAAGGAAAUGGAGCAAGGUAGUGGGUUUGAUAGCUUAGCCUCCCAGCUCUGGAAACCUGCACAUUAGAGACCAUCUCAAAACCACUAAGCCAGUUAAUGUAAGGAAUUUUCCAAGAUCUCUAACAUUUGUUAGCUACCACCUAAAAAUGCUCACAGUUGUUCAUCUGUCUCAAAGAGGGUAAAUCUUGAUGCAGGAGAGCAUAGUGUGGAUAGUAUUUGAUGUGUUGACUGAUCUGUGUAAGGAUGAUUAAUGUUUCCAUGCAGUAUGCCUAAAUCUAGCUAUUGAGGGUUAUUGUCUUUCUCUCAGUAUUAAAUUCACUAAAGGAAAAGUUUUAAAAGAAAAACUAAAAAGUAACAAGCCUCAUAAUGAUAUACCCAGUUUCAUGUAAACACAACUGGAUUAUCCUUAUUUAAAAAAAAAAUAGAUGGUUAUUUAAAUGUUUUUAUUUUAAAUUCUUUUGGUUAGUACUUCCAGAAGAAAACUAACAGUAUAUUUUUGUUUUCAGUUCAAAGGUAGAGACCUUGCUGCCAAAAUCCUGGGAUAUUGUGAAAAUAUGUGACUGAGCUCUAGGCCAUAGCUGAUGCUGAAAUUGCAUCUAUAAAAGUAAGUUUGGGGCUGUAAUUAAAAAACAAAACAAAACCAAAAAAAACCUCCUCUCUAGCUAUGUAGAUCACUAUUCAUAUCACUGUGUUUAUAGGUCAGUUUCUAUCUAACUAAAACUUACCAUAGAAGACUUUAAAGCCCCAGUCCACUUUAUAGACUCGGUCUAUACACUGGAGUUGGAAGAUAAUGUACCAAGGGUCUUGGACAGGAUUGUACUUGGUGUGGCUAGUCUCUCCUGAUCCCACAACUACACUUCAUGUGGGUGUGUCAACUCAAGCUAGAAACUAGACCUUCCAGCUCCAGGAUAGACAUACCCUCUCUUAUGCAGGGACAUAAGCAAUUCACAAUGCUUGUGAUAUCUUGAUGCAUAGUCAUUUUUCCAUCCUGACAGACCUGGAAUGGGAAGCCAAAAGAAUUUUUAUAGUUGGCAAGAUGGAAAUUUGUAGUGGGUAUAUGUAUAUAACAGUGAAUAUGAGAAACAUCUUUGAAAGCUUAAGAAGAAAGGUAGUUUAACUAAUCUUUAGGGUCUUUUACCUGUGUAGACUUGAGUUCAGGGUUCUGUCUACAGCAAUACUUAGACAUAACUAAUACUGAAAAAUGGGUAGGAAAUAUAGAAUAAUGCAUAUAUAUUUACAGAGAAACUGAUUUAGUGUUUGAGGUUGGGACUUUCAAAGGGACUGAUAAAGUUAGUUGCUCAACUUUGAAAACUCCAGCUCUAGGUGCUACACAAAACUAUACAGUUAAAACAAGGCACAGAUAAAAAGUUAAUGUAAUACCAUGUAAAAUGCCUUAAAGUAGUAGGGUCCAGGAUUUCAAAAGUAUAUACAUGAAAAUACAUCUGUAUUCUUUGCAUGUGGAAACUUAUAAGAGCUCAUCAGGCAUUGUGUGUACACACAAGUGCAUGCUUUUCUAAGUCUAAUAUUGUGGCAUUACUUACUUCACUGGAGGGAGUAUUCCAGAGACCCAAACAAUAGAGGCAAGUAUACAAAUAUGCUAGCCAUUCCUUUACAACUCUACCAUCUUCAUUGCUUUAUGUGUUAGGAAUAGCAGUUGCUUCAAGACACAAGCAGAACUCUGAACUUGGAUACAACAGGGACGAGCACUGUGUAACUACAAAAAUAAAAUUCUGGUUUUGAGUGGCGAGUCAAUCUGUGUAUAUCUGUAAUAUAGUCUUACACACACUGUUAAUUUUCUAAAUCUUGAACUGAAUACCUGGGAUUUUUUUUUUUUUUUAAAUCUUUGCAGCUCACUGCAGUAUCGUUAGUUGAUGCAUCAUGUAAAAUCCAUUUUAGGGAGCUUGUGUCAGCUAAUAAAAGACAGAACUGAGCCAAACUCCCACUGAUUGGAGUGCAGAAUUUGAGUCUAAGCAAUUAUCCUCUUCACCCCAACCAUGUUUAUACUAUGUUCUGGUAAUAUGCAGAAUAAGUUGGUGAUAGCUAAUGGCUUGAGGGAAAUGCUAGUAAAUAUUCCACCUCUGCUCCCCUUAUGCACUCAGCCUGAUAAUUAGAUGCUGAAACACAACUAAGAGGACAGUCAGGCAUUACUUCUUGUGUUCCAUGUCUUUAAGAGAAAAUUAUAGAUACUUCAGAGCUCGAUAAUGACAAAAUCAAAACUUUCCCAUCAGUGUAAUAGGAAUAAAUUAGUUUUUUUUUUUUAAUAUUUCUGUUUAAGAAAGUUCAAACAGUUUCUUCUCUUAAAAUUAAGACUUCUAUAUAUAAUCAUAGCUUUGCACUGGCCAUAAAAUGGUUUUAAGAAUAAAUGGGCCAAAUUCUCAGAUGGCAUAAAUUGGCGUAAAUCCAUUGACUUCCAUGGAAUUACACCAGUUUACAACAUCUGAAAAUAUAGCUUUUUUUCUGUUCCUCUGCGUGUUCACCUAGCAGCAUACUAUUGAGCUAUAUCAUCUUUGAGAAUUAGAAAAUUUUGAACAAACCUUGCCAGUGUCCAGAAACUAUCUUUACAAUACUGCAGAUAGGUUGUGUCUUCGAGAAAUAAAAAGAUUUUGAUCUGAUGGUUACCAUUUUUAGGGGGACUCUAUUAGUAUGACACUGAACUCUGUCAGCAAAUAGGAAGGGAAGGUGAAUCAAGGUUAUAAUUACUACACUAAACUGUUAGAUACUUCAGAAAUCUGUAUUUAGAAGGGGUGGAAAAAGGCUUUUAGAAGAGGUUAUAGAGGAAUUUUCUAAUAGAUAUUUUUAUCAUUAAAUUAUAAUGAAAUUGUAAAUAUCUGCAUAAAGUAAACCAUAAUCAGCUUGGUCUGAAUGAUUCCUGGCAGUCAAGAUUGCCAUGUCUCAUAGCUUCAUUGUUACCUUUAACAUGUUGGUUUGCCUGCUACAAUCUGUGGAAAUUAGUUUUAUAUUUUUAUAUUACACAGAACUCUUACAAAACUAUAUCGUAUUUAUUGUAUAGUCUUAAACAUGGCAUGAGAAUUGAUAAAUACUGUAGCUGUUAAAUUCAUUGUUUAUUUUCCAUAUUACUACCACAAAUUGCACUUAUCCACAUUCAGAAAAAUUAUUUUACCUUAAUGAAGUACUCUAGGUGUCUGGAACACUGUUUUAGGGUGGUAAAUAUUUUGCCAUUACAAAAAAACAUGUGCAUUACUAUUUUGUCCAUGUUUUCUUCUGCAUGGGUGUCUGAUUUGUCCUAUUCAUGUAGCUUGGUUAUGUGAACCUUUUCUUGGCAUGCUCAUGUCAUCAUGCUCUAGUUUUGAAUAAAUUCUUACUAUUGGCUGGUUA